AUGGAGAUUGACCAGUACUACCAGUGCGUGUCAUACGGGUCGCUGCCGACGGAGCGGCAUGAGUUCGCGUACUUCCUAGUGAACAUGACGCUGAUGUACGUCGCGCCACUCGUGUCCACCCUAUACUGCUCCUCUGCCUCACUGCUCGAGAUCAUACGCCGCGCUAACACCGCCAAUGACAAGAUGCGCCGUAGUGGUGUGGGCAUCCUGGGUAGAGCGCGGGCGCGGACCUUGAAGAUGACGGUCACCAUCGUGCUGGUGUUCUUCACCUGCUGGUCACCAUACUACUUCUACUGUCUUUGGUAUUGGAUAGAUAAGGACUCUCUGAAGAAACUGGACCCGGCCAUCCAGAAGGGCAUGUGGCUGUUCUCGUGCACCAACUCCUGCGCCAAUCCCAUCGUCUACGGCGUGUUCAACAGGAACCGCUGGACGUGGCAUCGUAGCGCCACGACCCGAUGUCGCGGCGGCAGCAUGCGGCGCGGCUCCCGUUUACCAUACGGAGAAUCCAUGGAAAUAUCAGCGGCAACCCUAGCGCGGGCGCGUAGCUCAGUGAUCAGCGAGCGACAAAGCCGCAGAGACUCUGCCUACGCCUCCAACGGCUCCCAGAAGCACUAUCACAACAACAACAACACCUUCUCAAAUGGCAUGGUGUAG